AUGGCAGACGUCCGCGCAAUGCUGCGCGCCGAACGCGCCGCUCGCAAUCCGCCUCCUGCCCGUAAGCCCGCCCAAACUGCCGCCCCGCCCGCCAGCAAAAAUCUCAAGCGGAAAGCGUCCGAUGAGGACGAGGAGGACUGGGACCCUGCCGCAAAACGGCCCAGGGGUCCGGGUGGAGAUGGAUUGCCGGAAGGCUUCUUCGACCCCGGCGCAAAGCCCGCCGCCGAGUCUAGGUCCAUCGAGCUCACCUCUCGUCCCGCCUCGCACGACUCUCUCACUACCACUGCGCAACCCACCCCGUCAGAGCCUGCUCCGAUCGACACAAUAGCUGCCCAAGUACCCGAGCCUGAUGUCGACGAAGAAGAAUGGGCGGCUUUCGAGCGUGAAGUCGCCGCCUCACCACCUCGGGAACCGCCGGCGCUGGCGGCGCUCAAGUCUGCCGCAACGAUCGAGGCGAAGCCCGUGACUGCCGAAGAGCUCGCAGCACAGAUGGAGAACGAGCAGAACAGACAGCGCAGCAGGCGCGAGGAGGAGAUGGAGGCCGAGAAGGAGGAUGCUGUACGGCACCUGGAGGAAGAGUUCGACGAAAUGGAGGAGCUAGAGCAGAGGGUCCAGCGGCUCCGUGCUCAGAGAGAAGCGCUACGCCAGGUACGAGGACAGACCGAGGAAGCGGCUAUCGCAGGGGUGCCGAGCAAGGCUGCGGAGGACGAAGAGGAUGAGAGCGAUGAUGAUCUUGACGACGACGAAGACUUUGACGACUGGAGGUUUAGGGGAGCGUGA